AUGGCGACCUUGGUUGCCUCGCUGUUGGUUGGGCUGCUGCCCUUUCUGGCCGCAAGCGUGACCUUCGAGCACAGCGAGGGUGGGGACACGGCACGAUGGACAAUCACUCUAGAGGGUGAUGAGCUUCACGUGACAGCUGAUUGUCCGGCCACAAGGUAUUGUUCCCUCGGCUUCAACAAGGACAAGCCCAGGAUGGAUGGCACUGAUAUGCAGUCCCCUUUCCUUCCGUACGAGCGCGACCUGAAGAUUUGGCUGCCGGCUCCUCCCAGCCAGCCUCGAGCAGUCCAGCGCCUGGAGGCUCACGGGGGUGUGGUGGGCGUUGCCUUGAAUUCCGUGCUUCUCGUUCAUGAGCACCCGGGCGAAGGGAUGACCUGGGUGAUCGACAACUGCGGAGGCCAUGGCGACACCUUCGGCCACUACCACUACCAUGCCCCUCCUCUCUGUCUACUCCGAUCCUUGGGGGUGCCGGUCCCCAAGGGCGCUUGGUGGAAGUCAGGUGGGCCAGAGCAAUGGUCGCAGGAGGGCCCAGAAGUUCAGAUUGGCUGGGCCAUGGAUGGCGCACCGAUCAUGGCGCCAUUCAAGGGUGGGGUUCAGGUCAAAAAGGAGAUGUUGGACGAAUGCCACGGUGCCAUCGACCCUGUCACUGGCGAGUACAAGUACUACACCGCCGGGGACCCAGAUGUCUUGGCUCCUCCCUUCCUGCCUCCUUGCCUUCGCGGCGAAGUUCUGGGCAAGGUGUCCAACUACCGUGCGCUGAAGGGCGGAGUGCCCUGUGAGAAGUCCAAGCGAGUGACCGGAGAGGCCUUGGUGUCGCAUCCGGAAGAGUCAGGAAGUGGACGCUGGCUCACUGGCACAGGCUGCCCUCGACAUGCCAUCUUCGAUGAGGUGAAGACCGGCUUGCCAACCUCGGCACUUGUCCAACUGGUGGCUGCGGUGGCUGCGGUGGCUGCGGUGGCUGUGGCGGCUGCGGUGGCGGUUCAGUGCCGUGCUACUGUGGUGCCUGCGGCGCUUGCGGCGCUUGCGGUGCUUGCGGCGCUUGCGGUGCCUGCGGUGCCUGCGGUGCCUGCGGUGCUUGCGGUGCCUGCGGUGCUUGCGGUGCCUGCGGUGCCACCACAACUGGUGCCUGCGGUGCAUGCGGUGCAUGCGGUGCUUGUGGCGCUUGCGGCGCUUGCGGCGCUUGUGGUGCCUGUGGUGCCUGCGGCGCUUGCGGUGCCUGUGGCGCUUGCGGUGCUACCACCACCACUGCUGCUUGCGGCGCUUGUGGUGCCUGCGGUGCCUGCGGCGCUUGCGGUGCCUGUGGCGCUUGCGGUGCUACCACCACCACUGCUGCUUGCGGCGCUUGUGGUGCCUGCGGUGCCUGCGGCGCUUGCGGUGCCUGUGGCGCUUGCGGUGCUACCACCACCACUGCUGCUUGCGGCGCUUGUGGUGCCUGCGGUGCCUGCGGCGCUUGCGGUGCCUGUGGCGCUUGCGGUGCUACCACCACCACUGCUGCUUGCGGCGCUUGUGGUGCCUGCGGUGCCUGCGGCGCUUGCGGUGCCUGUGGCGCUUGCGGUGCUACCACCACCACUGCUGCUUGCGGCGCUUGCGGCGCUUGCGGUGCUUGCGGUGCUUGCGGCGCUUGCGGCGCUUGCGGCGCUUGCGGUGCUUGCGGCGCUUGCGGCGCUUGUGGCGCCUGCGGCGCUUGUGGCGCUUGCGAUGUUCUGCGCAAUGAACCUGACGGUCAUGAAUGCUGGCACCGCCAUCAGCUUGUCCCAGUGCAACUUGCUUGGUCACGGCAUCCGCAUCGACAAGAAGCAGGAUCUGACAGAGGUCACCUAUGACAUCAGCAAUGGCCGCAUGAAGGUGGAGGCCCAUCGCAAGCUGAACACCGGCGACUGCACCGACUUGGUGCUUGCCGCAGACACACCCUACUAUGUCAUUAUGGCCAUGGGCGCGGCAAAUGACCUCAAUGUGGGAAGACACGGCUCCUCCGCGACGCACAACAUGGUCUGCCUGAGCACGCUCACGGAGUCGUACGAGUGCAUGCCCCCUGCCGAUUGGGAUAACAUUGCGCCGAGACUGCCGGCAACGACCUCAAACACUGUGGCCCUUUUGAAAUGGUUGCCAGCAGCUGUCCUGGCAGCUUCGUUUUUCCUGUAG